CACACACCCUCUGGCUGCGUGUGUGAGGUGCCACAUCGAUAUGGAAUAUAAAUCGCGGAAAAUGUGCAUCAUGCUGCUGAUCCUGCUGCAGAUGUUACUUCUCGUUUCGUGUUCACCUCCUCGACGGUGUGACCCGGGAGUCCGAGGACUAUGCAGGCCAACAGUGGAAGAAAAACCCAAAUGUGCAGAUCUAUUGCUGUCCUACUGCGAUGACAUGGCUUACACUCAGACCAUGUUCCCAAACAUUCUCGGCCACAAGACCCGUGAAGAUGUAGAAGUCGGAGCCGAGUACCUUCUCAUAAGUGUGAUUGAAUCCCUGCUGCGCGGACAGUGCAACCCAGACAUCCGCAUGCUGGGCUGCUCAGUUUUGGCCCCGCGCUGUGAGAAAGAUGUGGUGCUGAAGCCCUGUCGCUCUACCUGUGAGGCAGUGCAUAAAAAAUGCAGCCACGCAUUCGACGAGAUAGAGAUGGCAUGGCCCUACUUCCUGGACUGUGAUCGUUUCUUCGUUGGUGAGGAGGAAGGAUGUUAUGACCCGCUGGAGGGCCUCAGAGCACAGCAAGAUGAAGAGGACCUUGAAAACAUGGACCUUAUUCCUCCAGAGGAUACAGCCUCUAUAAUGCAGUUCGUCUAUCACAGCAAUGCUCAGAUGAUCAAUAUCUUGAAGAAAACUGAGGAACAAUGCCCCGACAUAGCCAAAACCUACAGCAUCGGCCGCAGCAUGGAGGGCAGGGAGCUGCUGGUGAUCGAGUUCUCAAAUAACCCCGGCCAACACGAACUGCUUGAGCCAGAGAUAAAGUACAUCGGCAACAUGCACGGAAAUGAGGUCAUGGGUCGGCAGCUACUGAUCUUCUUGGCUCAGUACCUGUGCUCGGAGUAUCAUCAUGGGAACGAGCGCAUCCAGACUCUCAUCAACACCACCCGCAUCCAUAUUCUGCCCUCCAUGAACCCUGAUGGAUACGAGGUGGCUGUAAAUGGACUCCAGGACACUAAUGAUGGUGAUGAGGAAGAGGGUCAAAGAUAUAGCACUUGGAACAUUGGUCGAAACAACGCCCAGAACGUUGACCUGAACAGAAACUUUCCUGAUUUGACAUCCAUCGUUUACAACCGACGCAGAAGCAAGGGCUACCGCACCGACCACAUUCCAAUCCCAGACUUUUACUGGUUUGGUAAGGUUGCACCAGAGACGUAUGCUGUCAUGAAAUGGAUCCGCUCCAUUCCGUUUGUGCUCUCUGCUAACUUCCACGCUGGGGACCUAGUGGUGUCCUACCCGUACGAUCUGUCCAAACACCCGCUGGAACGCAACAUGUUCUCCCCAACACCGGACGAUCAGGUUUUCAAGCUUCUGGCAAAAAUGUAUUCAACUUCCCAUGAAACAAUGUCCAAUGAAAAUGCACAAUGUGGAUCAUCUCGCUCUCACAGUGAGAAAGGAAUCGUUAAUGGAGCACAGUGGUCCAGCAUUACAGGAAGUAUGCAAGACUUCAACUAUCUUCACACCAACUGUUUUGAGUUGACUGUCGAGCUGGGUUGUGAUAAAUUCCCUCCUGAAGAGGAAACGUUCAUCGCCUGGCAUGAAAAUCACGAGGCUUUGAUCACAUUUUUAGAAGCAGCCCAUCGUGGUAUCAAAGGCAUUGUGAAAGAUGAGGAGGGAAAUGGAAUAAAAGGUGCACAGAUAUCAGUCAGAGGAAUACGGCAUGACAUUACCACAGCUGAAAACGGAGAGUACUGGCGCCUUCUCACCCCUGGCAUCCACAUCGUGACUGCCUCAGCCCCAGGCUACACUCGAGCUAUGAAGAAAAUCCACCUGCCUCCUCGGAUGAGCACAGCAGGUCGAGUGGACUUUAUACUUCAAAAAAGCUUGCUAGACGCAGACAUGCUGGAGGAGGAGGACAUCAUCCCAUCCAUGGGCAGCUAUGACCGCUUUGACCCAUACAAUCAGUACGAGCGCUACACCCAGAUGGCAGAUUUAAGCCAGCCUCGUGAAGAGAGAGAGGAGAAGCCCUGGUGGUGGAACUACUUUGUCCAGCCUGGCGGACCCGCCCCCACCUGGCUGCUGAAACAGUUCUAGAGCUUUUAUAAAAGUAGUGAGAGUGGUUCAGUAAUCAUGUAAAUGGAUGUGCUGCUUUUUAUUGUUGCUACACAGCAGAAAAGUAUAAAGCUAGCUGGCUGGCCAUCACGUUUGUAAUCUAUAAAAUUAUAAUCAAGGCACCUUUAGUUAACAGCAAGAGUAUUUGUCUAUUUUUACUGUGGGGAAAAGGUCUACAGGACUUUUUCCUUUUCAUUUGAACUGCUUCAGUUUGUGAUGCUAACAUACAUUGUUAAACACUAUAUAUUUGUAUUUACCAACAAUUUUACAGCAUAAAUAAAGAACAUUAAUAUA